AUGAGAACGGAACGCAGCGCAGCGCAGCAGUUGAUCGCGUUGACCGACGACACAACGUACAUCGAAUUCUACAUCAAAUCCUACAUCGAAUUCUACUUCGAAUUCUACAUCGAAUUCUACAUCGAAUUCUACAUCGAAUUCCACAUCGAAUUCUAUAUCGAAUUCCACAUCGAAUGCUACAUCGAAUUCUACACCAAAUUCUACAUCGAAUUCUACAUCGAACUCUACAUCGAAUUCUACAUCGAAUUUUACAUCGAAUUUUACAUCGAAUUUUACAUCGAAUCCUACAUCGAAUUCUACAUUGAGUUCUACAUCGAAUUCUACAUCGAAUUCUACAUCGAAUUCUACAUCGAAUUCUACAUCGACUUCUACAUCGAAUUUAAAAUCGAAUUCUACAUCGAAUUACAAACAUCACCUUUUACAUCGAAUUCUACAUCGAAUUCUACAUCUAAUUCUACAUCUAAUUCUACAUCUAAUUCUACAUCGAAUUCUACAUCGAGCUCUUACAUCGAAUUCUACAUCAAAUCCUACAUCGAAUUCUACUUCGAAUGCUACAUCGAAUUCUACAUCGAAUUCUACAUCGAAUUCUACAUCGAAUUCUACAUCGAAUUCUAUAUCGAAUUCCACAUCGAAUUCUACAUCGAAUUCUACACCAAAUUCAACAUCGAAUUCUACAUCGAACUCUACAUCGAAUUCUACAUCGAAUUUUACAUCGAAUUUUACAUCGAAUCCUACAUCGAAUUCUACAUUGAAUUCUACAUCGAAUUCUACAUCGAAUUCUACAUCGAAUUCUACAUCGAAUUCUACAUCGAAUUCUACAUCGAAUUCUACAUCGAAUUCUACAUCGAAUUCUACAUCGAAUUCUGCAUUGAAUUCUACAUCGAAUUCCUCAUCGAAUACUACAUCGACUUCUGCAUCGACUUCUCGAAUUCUACAUCGAGUUCUACAUCGAAUUCUACCUCGAAUUCAACAUCUACUUCUACAUCGACUUCUACAUCGACUUCUACGUCGAAUUCUACAUCGAAUUCUACAACGAAUUCUACAUCGACUUCUACAUCGAAUUCUACAUCGAAUUGCCUCAAAUUUUUGCUCUCAUUCUACUUUUGCCUCUUCUUCUACUGCUACUUCUACGUCUACUUCUACGUCUACUUCUACGUCUACUUCUACGUCUACUUCUAUGUCUACUUCUACGUCUACUUCUACGUCUUCUUCUACGUCUACUUCUACGUCUACUUCUACGUCUACUUCUACGUCUACUUCUACGUCUACUUCUACGUCUACUUCUACGUCUACUUCUACGUCUACUUCUACGUCUACUUCUACGUCUACUUCUACGUCUACUUCUACGUCUACUUCUACGUCUACUUCUACGUCUGCUUCUACGUCCACUUCUACGUCCACUUCUACGUCCACUUCUACGUCUACUUCUACGUCCACUUCUACGUCUACUUCUACGUCUACUUCUACGUCUACUUCUAUGUCCACUUCUACGUCUACUUCUACGUCUACUUUUACGUCUACUUCUACGUCUUCUUCUACGUCUACUUCUACGUCUACUUCUACGUCUACUUCUACGUCUACUUCUACGUCUACUUCUACGUCUACUUCUACUCUACUUCUACGUCUACUUCUACGUCUACUUCUACGUCUACUUCUACGUCUACUUCUACCUUCUACGUCUACUUCUACGUCUACUUCUACGUCUACUUCUACAUCUACUUCUACGUCUACUUCUACGUCUACUUCUACGUCUACUUCUACGUCUACUUCUACGUCUACUUCUACGUCUACUUCUACGUCUACUUCUACGUCUACUUCUACGUCUACUUCUACGUCUACUUCUACGUCUACUUCUACGUCUACUUCUAUGUCUACUUCGACGUCCACUUCUACGCAUACUUAUUCUACUUCAAAAUCUCCUUCUACUUCUUUUUCUACUGGUAG